AUGUCAUUGCCCACGGCGCGAUGUAGCUUGAACCGUCCGGAUGGUGACUGGUGUCCCCUGACGCGCAGCAGUCUGUCGCCCCUCUCCCGGUGGCACCGUGACACAAUAUGCGAGCUCGGAGCGCGGCAGGCAGAUUACUACUACGCUGCUGCCACUGCUGCCGAGACAGGCGAGAGGCGUAGCUGCACCGUGGGUAUUAAGUGUGUUAUUCUAUGUGUAUUAUUUGAAUAUCAUUAUUUCUGCAGGGGUGUCGUGAAAGUGCCUCCACAUCAGCUGGGUAGGAAAGGGGUCCAGGACCACUUGGAAGAUGCAAUAAGUAGGCUUAGGCCGCUCAACCCAGUGUCUCUUACAGUCUCCAGCAGGACAGACGCAGGUGUCCACGCCUUAUCUAACUCCGCCCAUUUCGACCUCCAACGCAAGAACGAUAAGCCGCCAUUUACUGAAGACAUUCUUGUUGAGGCUCUUAAUUUCCACCUCAGGCCAGAGCAGAUCAGGAUCACCCGUGCACUACGCGUGCCUGAUGAUUUCCAUGCCCGUUUCCGUGCCCAGUCUCGGACCUACAUAUACCGGAUCGCCCUGGGAAUCUCCCACCACUCUCUGCUUCCCCUCACAGACCACAAUCUCUGCUGGAACCUCCGCAACACGACUCUGGAUGUGGGAGCCAUGCGCGAGGCUGCCGCCCUGCUGGUCGGGACUCAGGAUUUCAGCAGCUUCAGGGCAGUCAACUCCGACAUGCCAUUUAAAAGCCCUGUGAAGACGCUGGAUGUGGCCAGCAUAGAGCCAGGAAGCUCCUUCGUACACGCACACUUCCACAGAGCGAUACCAUUUUGGGAGCUGACUUUCACAAGCAGAUCUUUUCUCUAUAAGCAGGUGAGGAGGAUGACAGGGGCCCUGGUGGCUGUAGGGCGGGGGCAGCUCUCAGUGACCCAGCUGCAGGAGAUAUUGGAGGUUCGGGACUCUCUUGCCUUCCCUCAGGGCAUGGCUGCUCCGGCCCAUGGCCUCUUCCUUACCAGGGUGGACUACAGACAGACAGACCUUUCACAACAGACAUCAGAGGAGCAAUUUGUCUCCAGUGGAAACUCAGAGGAUUAAUUCUAUUUCAUUCAGUCGUGGUGAUAAAACUAUAUUUCUAUACUACUAUAUGCAGUGGUUGUAAUAAAGUUUUAUAUUUAUGUGUACA